CCAUGAAAUACUUUGAGAAUAGCUGAAAACAAGAAAUAGAGAGAAAAACAAAUGUUGUAUUAUAAUGAAAGGCAGGUUGUCUUUUAAAUACUUCAACGAACUACAAGUUGCACACUGGGAAACAGUUUAUUACCUUUGUGAAAUCUUCAUUCAUAUGCAAAGUGAGUAAUGAGAACUUCAUAUUGGUGAGACAGGUAGAAGUAAGCCGCAACUGUCCAAGUACCGUGAUAUGACGAAGUUGUUCCACCGACAGAAAAAGACAUCUGUCGAAAAUAUGUUAAUGGCUUCGAAUGAACCAACUUCAGUGGUCAUUUUUACUUCUAUUGAUCUUGUCAUAAUAACUCAAAGAAAGCAGUUUUCAGUGAGCACCUUAUAUAAGAGCGUGUUGUAAUAACAUGGGUACCAUGGUAACCUGCACCUUAACACAAUAGGUACAGUUCCAUGCCUUCUACACCUGAACCAUAAUUUAAUAGAGCAGGUAAGACUUAAAAUAUAGUAUAUAUUUGUUGGAGUACGUUUUCCAAAAUUUAUUUAGACCUAUAGGUUAUGGGCAGUCCGUUAGAGCCCCUUUUAGCAGAUAUUUAUAUGUCGUACAUUGAGAAUUUAUCGGAAGAUUUAAUCGAAAAUGUGCCACUUUAUAGAAGGUAUGUAGAUGAUAUCGUAGUCAUCAGUGAUAAGCCUUGUUCUGCCACCUCAAUUUUAAAUCGAAUGAAUGAAGUUCAGAAUAGCAUAUCACUUACAUCUGUAGAAGAGGAAGACAAUUGUUUAUCUUUCCUAGACAUAUUGCUUAGUCGACGGCUUGAUGGGUCAAUAAAAAGAUCUAUUUAUAGAAAACCUACCUGGACAGGACAGUAUCUUAAUUACCACAGUUUCUGCCCUAUUCGGUACAAAAGAGGCUUAGUAAGGUGCCUCUUCAGUAGAAUCCGACGAAUAUGCACUGAAGACACGCUUGAUGAAGAAGAAAGAAUAUUGACACAAACUCUGGUUGAUAACAAUUAUCCAGAAAAGCUCAUCAGGAGAUAUAAAGUAGUCAGAACACCAAGACCCACUUUCCAACUCGCCCAUAAGAAAGACGUGUACAUCAAGCUACCCUAUACGGGACUUCAAAGCAUCUUGACAACUAAACAAACGCUGAACACUGAUGUUAAAAUGACUUUUUAUGCAGCUAAUAUCAUAAUAAUAGAGAAUGUAAAGCCAUUAUAUCUAUCUAAGCCCUUCGAACAUGCGAAAAAUGACGUCACAUCCCACUGUAUUUACCAAUUUGAAUGUACGUGUGGACACAUAUAAAUAGGGAGGACUCACCGAUCUCUGCAAGUAAGGGCUUU